CACCAACAAAAUGGUUUACAUGAAUCUAAUAUAUAUUUAACACAAGUUGCAAUAUAUAUUAUUAUUAUGCAAUCUGUUUCUUCAGAUAGGAGUGUUUUGUUUUCAAAGAGUGCACUCUUAAGCAUAAUAAGGUGAAAAGGAACAACAUAACUUCAUUUCUAUUCACUGCAAAAUAAAGCUAUACAAAGAUCAAUGUUGUAACUGUGAUGUUUGAUUGGAGAAUGAGUGCAUCUGAGGGAGCAGUACAUGUUAUUCAUUUUACUGAUAGGACUUUGCAAGAAGUAAACAAGGUUGAUUAUGCAGUAGAAAGAAGGAAAUCACUUCAUGCUCGUUAUUAUUUUGGCAUUCUAUUCUUCAUAAUGAAUCUUGUUGCAUGGUUUUUUCGCGAUUAUGGACAAAAUGUUCUUCCUUGGAUUCAUUAUAUCAAAGCUUGUGGAAAUGAAGGAGAUGAUUGUUUUCAUUCACUGGGGGUUCUUCGAGUGAGUUUAGGAUGCUUUAUAUUUUUCUUGGUCAUGUUUGUGACCACAGUAAAAACAAGGAAAUUAUGUGAAGGUAGAAACUCAUGGCAUUCUAGAUGGUGGGAAUUGAAGGCUGUUUUAUUGCUUCUAUCAAUGGCAUUACCAUUCUUCAUCCCUUCACAAUUUGUUCAAAUAUAUGGUGAAAUAGCUCGUAUUGGCGCAGGGAUUUUUCUUCUAUUACAACUUGUGAGUGUGAUCCAUUUUAUCAUGUGGUGGAAUAACUACUGGACCGCAGAUGAAGAAACCAAAGAGAGGUGCUCCCUUGGACUUGUUAUGUCAACACUGUUCUAUGUCUGUGCUAUAUGUGGAAUUGUGUAUAUGUAUGCAUCAUAUGCCUCAAAAUCUUCAUGUUCUCUCAACAUAUUUUUCAUCACAUGGACAUCAAUUCUUCUUGCUGUAAUGAUGGUUAUAUCAUUAAACUCAAAGGUUAAUAGAGGCCUUUUAUCCUCAGGAAUUAUGGCUUCUUAUAUUGUUUUUCUAUGUUGGUGUGCAAUCAGAAGUGAACCUGCCACCAUAAGAUGUGACACAAAGAACCAAGAAACUCGAAACGGUAGCUGGAUUACUAUACUUGGCUUCCUUAUUGCUAUAUUUGCCAUUGUUUUGGCUGCCUUUUCAACAGGCAUUGAUUCAAAAUGCUUUCAGUUUUCCAAAAACAAAGUUGAAAAUGAAGAUGACAUUCCUUACAACUAUGGAUUUUUCCACAUGGUGUUCUCCUUGGGAGCAAUGUACUUUGCAAUGUUGUUCAUAAGUUGGGAUCUGAAUAACUCAGCCAGGAAGUGGAGCAUUGAUGUUGGUUGGAUAAGUACAUGGGUGAAGGUUCUCAAUGAGUGGUUUGCAGCAACUAUUUACAUAUGGAUGUUGAUUUCACCAGUUGUGAGACAGAAUAAAGUUAUGGAUAAUGGUACAACUGCCUCAAUUGAUGCAUGAUGGACAAUGGAAGAGUCAUCAAUAUUUUUUCUUCUUUUAAUUUGUUUUUGUAUGCUUCAAAUGCAUUUAAUCUUUAGUGGUUCAAAGGAAAAACUAGCUAUUAAUAAAAUAAAAUGAUGAUUUUUUUUUUCUUUGGCUGAAA